CUCAUACUCGGCUUGUUGCACAUGGGAUUCCUAUCAGUCUAUUUGUCUAAACAGCUGGUGCAGGGUCUGACCACCGGUGCUGCAGUCCUGGUAUUCUUAAGUCAAGUUGGACCGUUUUUUGGAAUCAAUGGACUGCCAAAAAUCGGCAAUCCGUUUGAAGUUUUCAAGAUUAUCAUUUUCACAGCCAUGUCUUACAUACUUGACAUGAAGAAGAAUUAUCGAGUGGCCAUCGUUGGAUACAUUCCUGAAGGCUUGAUAGCUCCAGUAUUACCGAAGUGGAGCCUGUUUUUUGAUCUCAUAUCGGACGCCAUAUCGAUAAGCAUCGUGACCUAUGCGAUUGCCGUAUCCAUGGCCAAGCUGUUCGCCGAAAAGCAUGGUUACCGUAUCAGCCCGAACCAGGAGUGGUUUGCGAUGGGGCUCGUGCACAUACUGUCUUCUUUCUUCGCCUGCCACUGUAGCAGUGCCUCCCUAAGCCGUAGCCUGGUCCAGGAUCAGCAGGGUGGAAGAACUCAGUGUGUCUUCGCGGCGAUUAUCAUAGUCGCAUUGCGUGGAAUGUUUCUUCAGUUCAGAGAGCUACCUCUGUUAUGGAAAAAGUCCAAAAUUGACUUCUACAUAUGGAUUUUCAGCUUUACGUCUGUCGUCGUACUGGACCUGACCUAUGGCUUAGCAGCUAGCAUCUGUUUUGCUGUAAUGACGAUAGGCACAAUGGUAAGGAUGAAAUUUUAUAGAGUUUCCGGUUUGAUCUGGCUAUGUAUUUUAGGCCACACGCCGUGUGUUUGGGGAAUGUUCCUUCCUCUGAGUUGUACCGCUGUACUCAGACCAGCUGCAAGAAGAAAACAUUAUAUCGCUCACCAUUCGUUUCAGGUCAAAGAGCUUAUUGGAAUAAAGAUAUACCGAUUCGACUCUCCCUUGUCUUUCGCCAACGUCGAAGUGUUCAAAAAUGAAUUAUACAGAAAAACAGAAAUUGAUCCAGUUUUGUACAAAAAGGAACGCGCGAGAAAAAACGAGUCAAAUGUGAGUGCCGUUCGAGCCAAUGACUUUGGCUUCUUCAAAUUUGCCAAUGCCAAACAUGCAGAUAAACAUGAAGCUGACGAAACGACUCAGCUAAAAAGCCAAGAAGACAGCGUCAUCAACCAUACAGACAACGGUCCACUGAAAUAUGUCAUUAUUGACUGCUCUUCGUUUUCCUACAUUGACCUUAGCGGUGCAGAGACAUUGAAGAAACUGCACAUCGAAUAUGGAUCCGUCGGCAUCACCCUUCGGUACGAAGUUUCCUUUCGCAAUGCGGAUUUUAUGAAGAAGUUCCUAAAUCAAGCUUCUUCGUUUCGAUACACGAUGCAACGUUAUUCUGUUCAUACAAGGAAACUUUUGUCAAAGAAGAAAAUUGAAAACACCGAAACUUCUGAGCUGGUGCUCGUGGUAAGUGAACGUGUCGUCAAGCGGCCAAGGGAAUUACGCAAAACCCAUGUUUGAAG